GGCAAAAGAAAAAAAAAAGCCUCGGAAAAUUGAACACGUCAGUAGCUCUGGAUAAACCUCCAAACACACACACACACAUACACACACACACACACACACACACAGCUUCCGCUUUAUUCUCAGACGUCUUGCCGACCCUCCAGACUUCGUUUUUUUUUCUGUGUGACUUGGAGGGAUUGAUUUUAGUAAAGCGUUGAGGUGGAAACUGUGAGUGAGUGUGUGUGUGUGUGUGUGUGUGUGUGUGUGUUUGCGUGCAUGCGCGUGUGGAUGUGCGCGUGUGUGCGCGUGAGUGCGCGUGUGUUUUUGCGGGAAGGAGUGGCUCCCGCAACCGUUUCAGCUCUUCAUACAGAUGUCAAAUGAGGAGCCUCAGAUGGACUGUACCACGUUUUUGUGAGGAUUUUUUUGUUUGUCGAAGAAGGGAUUAAAAAAAACCGGGCGGAAUUAAAAAAAAAAAAAAUUGGUUGCAGAUGUUUGAUUCCUUUUUUUCUCUCUGCUUGCUAUAAGAGGAGGAGACACUGAGGAGAGACGAUGCCGGUUCCCCCGCCGCCCCCUCCUCCCCCACCGCCGACCCUGGCUCUGGCCAACACGGAGAAGCCCGCCCUGAACAAGUCUGAGCAGCAGAGCAGGAAUGCGCUACUGUCCGACAUCUCCAAAGGAUCCCGACUCAAAAAGACUGUUACCAAUGACCGCAGUGCGCCUAUACUCGAGAAGCCCAAAGGAGGAGGAGGAGGAGGAGGAGGAGGAGGAGGAGGUGGAGGAGGAGGAGGAGGAGGAGGAGGGGGCGGGUUUGGAGGUGGAACUCCGGGGGGACUUGGAGGCUUGUUUCAAGAUGGUAUGCCAAAGCUACGGUCCACUAGAGAUGACUCUGGUGGCGUUCGACCCCCCAUCCUGCCUCCUGGUGCCCGUAGUUCUGGUCCACGUCCGUUUGUGGGUGGUGGUAGCUCCACCCCACGUUUCCAUGGGCAACGUAAUGGCCCUUCUGACUCUCAACGUCUUCGAAUGACUCCUCCACGCUCUGAAACCCCAGGAGGGCCACCUCCGCCCGUUCCUAACACUCCACGGCCCAAUCAGGGCAGUGUACAGAAUAGAGGACCUCCCCCUCUGCCUGGCGGACCCCGCUCUAUGCCUACCCCGCCCCCUUUUAACCCUUCUGGAAGACAGGCGGUGCCCCCACCUCUUCCAGGCGGACGUCCCUACUCCAGUCCUGCAGCCCCGCCACCUGUGCCUCAUUCCAGCCGCCCUCCUCUUCCCCCAGCUCCUAGUCGAGGAGAGGACCGCCCACCACCCGUUCCCCCUGGCAACCGCCCAUCCAUGGCCCUCCCACGUGACAGCCCGCCUCCUCCUCCUCCUUCUGCCAACAGCAAGCCGCCUCCACCUUCUUCCUCAUCUCGUGGGCCUGCAAACUCCGCUCCUCCGCUGCCACCAGGACGACCCAAGCCCAGUGACGAGAACACACCACGUCUUCCUCAGAGGCACCUGUCACUCACUCCUCAUGGCCCGUCCCCUCCUACACCUGGGAGGUCAGGCCCACUUCCUCCGCCUCCCUCUGAGCGACCGCCCCCUUUGGGCCGGAAUCCGUCCGGGCGAACGGGUCCCCUCCCACCUCCACCGCCUUCUGGACGACCAGGAAGUGUGAGGCCAUCUGCAGCCCCACCCCCUCCAAACAGACUAGGGUCAGAGCCUCCUCGUGCUGGCAACAGACCGCCCCUCCCGCCAGAACGACCCACUUCUGGAGGACCGCCCCCUCCUCCUCCUCCAAUGGGCAAUGGGUACCACAGUCAGGGUGCAGACGAGUGGGAAGCGCGCUUCAGUUUCCGCCCCGUGUCAGAUUUCCCGCCUCCAGAGCCCUACAUCCCCUGUCAGAAAACGUACCCCAGCAAAUUGGCCAGGAGUGACGGCAGAGGUUCAACGAAAAAGGAGCGAGGUGCUCCCCCGUUGCCUCCCAUUCCCAGAUGAAGGAAGUGGACUGGACACUCAGGGACACCAUGCCUCUUCCUCUGUAUUUGUUGUUCAUUAUAUUUUUCCUCAAACAUUAUUUUUGCAUGUGAGGCACUUCCUUGCUGAUUUUUUGAACAUACUAUGCUAUACGUUGUUUACGACGAGAUCACAUUAGUGUCGGCGCUCAACAGUUUUAUGCAGUUGCACACACAAACAAACGUUUGCUGAUGAAACACCACACAGUGCCUGCCCUGCUCACAUUGCUGGGCCAAUGUUUGAUAUUCUUCCUGCUUUCUGUGGGUGGAAAUGUACUCGUAUUUGUAGUUUAACACACACACACACACACCUACUACACCACGUACUAAAUGAAUGAGCUGACAGGGCCAGAAAUGGGUUCCGCUGCUUUUAGAUGUCUACCACAAAGCCUUGAUAUACCUAAUUUCCUUCAUUAUUCUCCCUCUCAUAGCAUUUACUCUUUUCUUUUCUUGCUCAAUAUUUCUCUCUUUAUUAGAUGCCCCUCCCACUAAAUUUGUUCAUCAGGAUCAGUUUUGAUUGGUGAAAACACCUGAUAUGUGGAUGAUGGAAGAAAUGUUAAUGUAUUGCCUUACUAGUAGUGUGUGUGUGUGUGUGUGUGUGUGUGUGUGUGUGUGUGUGUGUGUGUGAGAAGUCUGGUUUCUGUAUACCCAAGGCUCCAGUGAAUAACACAAGCUCUACAUUGCUAAGUUCUCUUUUCCUUUAUUUUUUUUAUCUACUUUAUUUAACACUUAGAGGAAUAAUGCAGCAUUUUUCCAACCUAAUCUCUCUCUUGAUCCAUCACAUCUGUAGAAUAUGUACGAUUAUCACAGGUAAUCUCUUUUUUUUUUUUUUCAUUUUCUUGUACUGGGAAAAGAAGAGAAAUCCAGUUUCCUCACAAAAGAAAACACUUACAAUCCAAGUUUAAGGACACAUGUUGAAUUCGGUCAGUAGACAUUAAAAUACAUGAUAUAACAAAACUACAACUUUUGAACUAUAAUGAAAGUGCUAGGAUGAAGCAGACAUGGUGAAACGUCUCCUAUGGAGUUUUAUCCAGUUUUUCGACAUUGUAGCAGUAGAAUGUAAUUCCAUAAUUAUUUAUGCUUUUGUGGUAAUUCAUUCUCUGUAAAAAUUCAAAUUCUUUCAUCUGAAAAGUAUUCUCUGCAAAAAAGUAAUCUCUGAAGAAUUCAUGAAAGCGUUUUUUUUUUUUUUUUUUUUUUUUUUUUAAUGAUUGUGUUAAUCACACAUAAACUAUCGUUGUGAUCGAUAGAGAGAAGGUUGUAAAACUCUGGAGUAUUCCUUUAAUCCUUGCUGCCUUCUUGUUCCUUAGUGAAGAGGCAGGAAUUGGAAAGCUGGUGUGCGCUUAGAGCCUUGUCCUAUUACAGAAACAUGCAAUACUCCAUGUGAGUGUAGAUUAUAUGGAAGUGAUUUGAAAUCGUAAGGAAGGAUGUGCCUUAUUAUGACCUUUAUGUCUAUGUGUAUAAGGAUAUUUGUCUAGAAAAAACAAAGAAGACCACAGAGUGCCUAAUUUUUUUUUUGUGUGUGUUCGUUUUUAAAACGUUGCUUCUAUUUUUGCCUCGUGUUCAUGUUCAUUUCUGUACAUUCAGUAUUAUUACGAAUGUUGUAUAAUUGACGAGAUGUGUUAUGUGUUUAAAAAGUGCAUUUUUUUGUAUGCACAUGUCCAUAGACUAUACACUCUAUAUAAAAAGCAAAGCCCUUUCGUGUGAACUUGUCACGCCUUGUCAUACUUUGACUGAAUCUGAUAUAGGAAAUAAGCUUUUGUGUGAUGUGCAUUAGCUUGGUUUGUUCUUACAAUAUUCGCACACUUGUUUACAGGCCAUUUUGAUGGCACAAGCUUUCACAGAUGGAUAAGUGAGAGAAAGAAUGAGAGCAAAAGAGGGCGAGCUACUUCCUGGGAUUAUGCAAAGGACUCUGAUUAAAACAGGAUGAAGUGUAACCUGUACCUUCUAAUAAUCCUGCCUAUUAUCAGGCCCUGCAGUCUCAUCUUUACAUGAAUUGGUUUUUUUUUUUUGUUUUUUUUUCUGUGAAACUUGUAUAUAAGCAUAAAUGCACAAACGCUUGUAACAAGAAGUCACAAAGCGAAGACCAAAAAUCAAACUGAACCUCUGGAUUUAUGUGUACAAUUCUGAAAAGGUGAAGGUUUAUGAACUAUUUUAAGGCGGGUUUACGGUUUCUGUCUGAGUAUGUUUUGCACCCGUGCCUGUCGGUGACGCCUCGAUGAUGUCACUGUGACCGAGGCACAUGCAGCGGUACUUAGAGACUGUUUUCUUUUGUUCUUCCCCAUUGUUUUAUUUGUACUGUUCAUUUUCUUGGUUUGUUACAGCUUCUCUGCUUGUGCCUUUGUUCUUUUUGUGUGGAAAAUGAAAACGUGUGUAAGAGGUUUUCUAAAUAAAUGUUGAAGUGAACCUUU